GACCAAUCAGAGCUCUUGUUUUCCAAAACACUAGUUUCCGAGCAGCUGUCACCCAAUGGGGGCGCGUACUCGAACGUGUAGCAUUAAAAGGACGUCGAAGGCAGUCACUCUCGUAUCAUUUAUGAAUGGAGAAGACGGGUCAGCAGAUCCGCGAGUGUCUGCACAACCAUGACCUGAGGAGUUUGGACAGCGCCAUGGUGCAAGAGGGCGCCGUGCCGAGCAACGCCGUCGAGCCUUCCAACUCGACCAAGCCGACUCCGGUCAGGUCCAGCGCCAGGGUCUCCAAGAAGGCCAAACUCGACUUGCAAACGAAAACUGCCAAAGACGAAAAGGGCAAGUCAGCGAUUGUCUCUGGCCCGAGCAAUUUGUCGGCCACCGAGGGCAAGAGGAAGCGAAACUGGGGCUUGUGGUCCGUCGAGGACAAGAACAUCUUUUUCGAGGCGCUGAACGAGUUUGGCAAAGACUUUGACGCCAUUCAGAAUCACUUUGCCUCGAAAAUCAAGAAGAGGGGAGUGACUGAAGCCAAAAAUAAGGACCAGGUGCGACACUUUUACUACAGGAACUGGCACAAGAUUUCCAAAUUCAUCAACUUCAAUCCUGAUUUAGGCAAAGUGAAUCAAGAGUUGUUUGGCCUGAUCAACUACGGAGAGUUGAGGAAAAGACUCGGCCGCUCCGUGCUGGACAAAAAUGUGAUUUUGAAGCUGCACGAGUUGAUCUACGACGGCACAACGCAGAUAAAAGUGAAAGGCAAGACUGUCCGGGUGAAAACCCCUCCGUGCCGAGCUCUGCGCAAACUUGGCCAGAACGAAACUGGAGGAGAAGGUUGUCCUAAAUUGCCUCAAAGGGUGGGGGUGGAGUUGAGGCCGCUGAACAACAGAACCUGGGGAAUUGUGCACGUUAAAGCCUACAACCCCCGAGUCUCCACCAACCAGCCCUUGCAGCAUAAACUCUCUUCGCUGAUCACUUUGCUGCAAAACAGGUGGCAGAGCAGGGACAGCAAACUUCUGGAGAAGUUGGCGGCUGCGGGUGAAGCCAACGUUCCUCCUCCCCGGCAAACCAUGAGACUGAGGCUGGCCCCGAAGGCCGGAGUCAAAAUCUCGGUGCCUUCCCUGAACGUCAACGACAGCACGAGCACAAACUCAGCCAUUUCGCUCAAGUCGCUCGAAGGGCGGCUCAUCUCGAUGAGGAAGUCGGCAUCCUCGAGGAACGGCAAAAGCGGCGCCAAAGGUCGCAGCAAGAAAAAAGUGGCCGACGGAGACAAAACCUCGGAGCUGCAGGACUCUGUGGGCACGGACAAGUUGGUCGCCCUGCAGCUCGAGGGCGAUGACGCCACUGACGGCGACCUUAAGAAGUCGCCGAGGGAGGAGUGCGGCGAGGAGGGGGCGGAGGAGAGGAGGUUCGAGAGCCACGCAGCCCAACUCGAGACCAUCAAGGCUGGCUGGACCGCGGACAACGCCGGCAACAUAACCUUAGGAGAACUCUAUGUGAUGUUUGGAUCCAACUCGAAGCUGUGUUUUGAAUACUCGUGGGAAGAAAUUCCUCCAAUUGCUGCUGUGAACGGGGUCGACCGGAUCGACGCCUUCUCGUCGGUCAUCAAAAGGCUGGUCAACCUGGCCAAAUUGCUUCCAGUCCUGAAGGAAAAGCCUAGUUGCCCCUGUGGCCACAUCUGCACCAAAGGAACAGCGAAAGGUCGCCAAAGAGUGGCAAAGCCCAAAGCUGCGGCCACGGCGGCCUCGAUGGUCACCCCGAAGGAGGAGGCCUUUGUCCACGGUGCCAUGCUGCAAGCCACGGCCGUGGUCAUCCCCAAGGUUUUCCCCCACAGCACAAGCAUGACCAUCCAACCCGUGCCUGCUCAGGACGCCAUGUUCAGGAGGCCUUUGUUGGCACCUUCGCAGGCCAAAUCGCAGCAGGACGCUGAGGACGCCCUCAAGGCUUCCUUAGAGCAAUUUCGGUCUAAAAAGUACUGCAACAGGGUUGGAAGGACGAGUCGGAAGAACAUGGCGGUGCAAAGGGUGGUGUCGACGUUGCUGCCCAAAGUGCCUGAUGGACUCGUGGCCAUCGUGCCGCAGAACGUGGUUGGAUUUGCCAGUCCCGGGCACGGCGUGGUCGUGCCGGUCAUCCAGGGUCCCACCCUGACCUCUCCAAAGGUGCGAACCUCACCCAUAGCUCAACCUGUGAAGGCUGUUCCUUUGGUUGCCGGAACGGCGGUCAAAGAAAUCUCAUUCAAAGCCAAAUCGCCCACAAUCUCCUCCCUGCUCGGCCUCAACCCUGAUGACCUUUCCCUGGGCGCUGAAAACGCCACCCUGAAGGACGUCACCCUUGGCAAUAACGACCCACCUAGUUUUGUUGGUCUUCUGGGUCAAACACCAACUGAUGUACCUGAGCCGUCGGCUGCCGAAAUCUCGCCGCCUUUGAGUCCGACUCAAAUCCUCAAAGAAUCCGCCGACAAUCAGUGGCUGAAUUCGGAAGUCUCUGAUUUCUCGCUGAGCAGUUUCCUGGGCCACUUGGAGUCGCCCUUGAAGAGCUCGGUCCACGGUACAAAUAACGAAGACUCGCGCAUGUCCCAAGAUGUGGACGCUCAGUUCCAGAGUCUGAUUACUGAGAACAGCCUGGAGUUCAUGACUAGUUUCGCCGAUCUUGCAGCUCACAUCGCGCCCGAACCAAUGGAAAGCAGCAGAAAGUAGGAGGUCCUCGGUACACAAAACAGAUCUUUAUUUAUUAUACAUUCAAGAUGAGUCUGUUAACAGUUUAGAUUGAAACAAAUUUUUAUCAAACGGCUUCUAGUAUUUCUAAUUUUUAUUCAAGACUUGAUAAUAAUUUAAACCUUUUUCUCAAUAACAGUAUUUAUUUUGACACAAGCUCGGACACUUUAUAAAAUUAACAGUAGAGAAAAUAUUUCCGUUGUGCUUGAAUAAUUAAGUUAAAACUGUGAUAAAUAGUGCAGAAACUACUGAUUAGACCAUUACGGAAGGAAUCCUUACAAGAAUUAGAAAAAUUAUAUAAUUUGCACACAAAUAUAAUGGCUUGGCUAAUAGUAGCAUAAGUUGUGAAAUGUGCAGCAUUUACAUGUGGAAUUUGUCAUAAGAGGCCAGUGGAGACGAAUAAAAAUCGAUCAUUAUCAAAA